AUGGAGCCUGGGCACCAGCCUAAUUUAAGACCCAUUCGAGCUUUUCAAGUUACUCAUAGUGGUAUUAUGGACAGUGAGGAUGAUGACGCCAAUUUGAACUUGAGUCUCUCCGAUUACCAUGAUUACGAACCUAAUUUAGAGUUUGACGAUUCUGAGCUUAUUUGUACCACAAGUCUAGCUCCAUUGACACCCGAAUUACUAGAUUUAUCGCAAGAAUUUCUUCUACCUUCAAGUAGUGAUGGAACCAUAGAAGAUAACUUCGAAAAAGAACUUGGUGAGGGUCCCCCAUCAUAUUCAGAGAUAGCUACUUGCUCGCUUGAUUAUGAUGUUUUUGGCGAUUUACAUAGAAGUGGAGUAGUCGAAGUUGUGGGAGACGAUGAACUUGGACGUCGAAUUAUCGUAAUAUCUGCGUGUCGCCUGCCGCUUUCUAAGGAUGUACAUCCUGAUCUCCUCUUGAGGUUCCUAAUGCAUACAUUGGACAAGUAUGUGGAACAAGAUUACAGUGUCAUAUACUUCCAUUAUGGGCUCUCCAGCAGAAACAAACCACCAUUCUCUUGGUUGUGGAAAGCAUAUAAGGCGUUUGAUAGAAAAUACAAGAAAAAUCUUAAAACGCUGUAUCUAGUCCAUCCAACGAAUGUGAUAAGAAUAGUAUGGCAAAUGCUGAGGCCAGCAAUAAGUGUCAAGUUUGGCAGGAAAAUGAUGUACGUGAACUAUUUACAUGAAUUGCAACAGUAUUUAGAUUUGGACAAAGUUCACAUUCCACCACAAGUUAUUGAAUGUGACAAGAUUCUCUUAUCUAAAAAUCCACGUGCUGCGGAAAUAGCUAAAGAGAUGAAUAGUGCCAGUAAACCAUCUCUUGGAGAAGCUGAGGGUCCGUGCAGUUUAAAAUGCCCAACAAAACAGUUUGGUGUAUCAAUACAAUUCAUAAAGAAAAAUAAUACGGAAAUGAUCGAUUCAAUUCCGCCGAUAGUGCGACAAUGCAUUGAGUUUUUAUCACAACCCGACGCCUUAGAAACUGAAGGAUUAUUCCGGCGUUCGCCGAGCGCAGCUAUUGUGAAGGAAAUACAGCGUGACUGCAACAAUGGUGGCGUCAUAUCUUUCAGGAACGACCCACACAUUGCCGCCGUUUUAUUAAAAACUUUUUUAAGGGACCUUGAAGAGCCAUUAUUGACAUUUGAUUUAUAUGAUGAAAUUAGCAAAUUUCAAGCCUGGGAAAUACCUAAGAAGCCUAGAAAAGUAAAAAUUUUGGUGCUCGAAAAGCUACCUGUAGACAAUUACAAGAUUUUAAAGUAUAUUAUGCAGUUUUUGUGGAAGGUACAAGAUCGGAGCUGCCUAAAUAAGAUGACAAGCAGCAACUUAGCAGUGGUCUUCGGGCCCAAUUUAUUGUGGCCGCCGAACGGACAUGUUUCAUUACAAUCUAUUGCACCAAUAAACGCAUUUACCGAUUUCUUAAUCACACACCAUGAGUCCAUAUUUAUUAUUUAA